AUGGCCCUCCUAGCACAAUACCGCACCGUCUCAACAAUCGAAGCCAUAGUCCACAAAAUCGAGCACCCAACCGACGAGCCCAACUGGCAGAACGCCCUCGCAAACGAACUCUUCCACUUCUACUUCCCACCCUCCGCCGGCUGGACGAUAUUACCCAGACGCGGCCGCGCAGACCGACACGCCGGGGUGGUCCUCCGCGUGGGAAAAUGGGGGCCAGGACCCAGCACAGCGCAGAAUCCGAAUCCGAACUCGAAUCCACCAUUUGAAGACCGGGUUGUUGUGAUUGUUCGAAAAGGCGACACUUAUAAUCGGUCUGCGCUGAAGCGGGAGGUGAAGGCGCUGCAUGAUUCGGGGGUGAUUGAGAGCAGAGUGCACUGGGCGGCGCUUUUUAUGGGGCGGCAUGUUUGGUUUUAUAUCUGUGAGAGGAAGCAGGAGGGGGAGGGGGAAUUGGGGUGGGAGGCUUUUGGGCCGCCGAUGCAGAUGGGGAGGUCUAUUUUUGAUGUCCGUGAGGAGAGUUUGGCGGUGGAGGAGAUGAUGAGGUAUAUGGCUUAUAGAUGA